AUGAAUCUCUCCAGACAAUUACAAUCCGGCAAAGGCCUAGCAGGCCAAGACCACUACACGGGCAUGGUGGACUGUUUCCGCAAGAUCGUGAAGAACGAAGGCUUCUCGCGCCUGUACCGUGGCAUCGCCGCCCCGAUCUGCAUGGAAGCGCCCAAACGCGCGACCAAAUUCGCCGCCAACGACUCCUGGGGCCUCUUCUACCGCAACCUAUUCGGCGUCCCGAAGGCAAACCAACAACUAUCGAUCCUCACUGGCGCGACAGCAGGCGCAACCGAGGCGUUCGUGGUGGUGCCCUUCGAGCUUGUGAAGAUCAGGAUGCAGGACCGUGCUUCUGCGGGGCGGUACACAGGCGUGAUGGACUGCGUGGUCAAGACGGUCAAGAUGGAGGGUCCCUUGGCACUGUACAACGGUCUGGAGUCUACAUUGUGGCGGCAUAUCCUCUGGAACGCGGGCUACUUCGGCUGCAUCUUCCAGGUGAAGAGCCUGAUGCCGAAGCCGGCUCCGGGCAACAAGGCGCAGGCCAUGGGGACGGACUUCAUGUCCGGCGCGAUUGGCGGCACGGUGGGCACCAUCCUCAACACGCCCAUGGAUGUCGUCAAGUCGAGGAUCCAGAAUAGUCCCAAGAUUGCCGGAAGCGUACCCAAGUAUAAUUGGGCGUGGCCGGGCCUGGCGACGGUGAUGCGCGAGGAGGGGUUUGCGGCGCUGUACAAGGGCUUCUUGCCUAAGGUGCUACGGCUCGGGCCUGGUGGGGGCGUGCUCUUGGUGGUGUAUACGGGCGUCAUGGACUGGUUCAGGAAGAUGCAGACGACAACGGCUUGA